GAUUCGUUCUAUAUAACCCUGUCUUUUCUUAUAUCAGCUAUACGUCUCCUUGCUUUCAACCUAUUUGCACUAGGGAGAGAUUUGAUUGGCUGACUGUAUUUUCGUUUUCCUAUCCCAGUUGUUCUUCAUUUAAUCGCUACUUUGAUCAAUGACCUAGUGCCUGUCUGACCUUUCAAUAUGUUUGAUAGACAGCACGCGUGCAUUAGGUAUCGCUAUGUGUUUGUCUUACGAUCAUCCUUUAUGAAGGCUUUCAGGGCUGACUGUUUAUAUUUGCUUUUGGCAGUGUGCAUAGUUUUUUUUGUUCAGAGUAAUCAAAUAGUGUUUAGGAAAAUAUUAUUUUUCUUUACCACAUUCCACUUCGGUGAGACCAGUAUGCGUUGUCCGUGCUAAACCUCACACCCUUGCUCUGGAAAUUUAUUGAACCAGUCGAGCAAAUUCAUAUAAUAAGGCUGGUGAAUUGCGUAAUUGUGUGCAGACAGGCGUACACACUAAUCCUCAACCGUCAAUCUAAACCUGCACACAAUCCAUUUAUCAUUUCGAUAUUUAAAAAAUGUUAGGAGUGGAACGUAUUUUCCUGUUGGGGUGUGGACUCGUCUUCAGGCUCAAUCCUAAAUAACCUUCAAAUAAGCAUAGAACACAAUGUCAAAAAACAAAAGUCGAUUUUACUCCCUGAUGAGUUCCCUACCAUUAUGCAUGAAGCCAUAUGAGCAGUUUAUUCUAGAACUUCAAAAGCUUUCAAGGCAUAACAGACAAAAUGCUGUUUUACAACCGCCCUAUCUUUUUGGACACUUAAUUGAUUUACAAAAGCUGUACAACGAAGUGGCCCUGCGGGGUGGUCACAAACAAGUUACUUUUUCCCACCUGUGGUUGGAAGUUUAUCUAGCCUUAGGUCUGCCACCAGGUUGUGUCGAUGCAGGCCAUGGAUUGCGCACUAUUUACCAGAGGUAUCUCGAGUUGUUCGAAAGAAACCAACGAAUGACGUCAAGAAGCAUUUUCACAUCCGAUGAACAGGAUGAUGCUGUUACUCAAUUUGACGGUGAUGCUCAGGAUUUCGAUCAGUUCCUAAAAUCGUCUAGACAAAACAUUUAUGGGGCUUCUGUUCGUUCUAAUACUGAAGAAAUACCCAAUCACUUGCGAAAAAGUUGGAAUUUGAGUAUCGAUUUAAAAGAUGAUUUCGAAUACAUUUCAUUAGAAAAAUCAUUAUUAUCAGGGCUUCCUAAUGAAAUUGAGCUUGCGUUAAACACAAUCCUUCUUAUGUCUUCUCAACCAAAUGACUUCAGUAUUAGUAAAAAUCCUAGGCUUCUGGAUGUUCUGUUAUAUACUGUUGGCAUUUACGGACCAAAUCCAUAUUUUAUUCCAGAACAUGUCACGACGUACCAAUACAGCAGAUACCUCAAUUUUUGGGAAUCAAAUAUUGACAAAGAAAAUGGACGAGUAUUUCUUUCUCCCAUCGCUUUCUACUCAAAAGAGCUUCCUGAGGUUAUUUAUGAUGAAUUUUGUUGUCCUCCUGCUGUCCAAGAGAUGACAUAUGGUGAUGAAGAAGCUUUUCGUGUACAACUAGUCGCUACAGUACUACGUAACUUGGCUGUAGAUGAUGGAUUGAGUGCUGUCAUUAUCGGACGAAAUCCCCAAGCCUUGCGUUUCAUUUUUUUAUGUAUAUAUUCCAAACACUCGUGUCUACAUCAACUUGGUUUAGAAAUACUAUCUUCAUUGUAUUUUCCAGUUCUUGGUUCACUUAUACCUGCCCUCCAUCGUUUGCUCACUACUUUGUUAGUUUGUCCUGAUCGAAUAGAUCGCAUCCGUGGUUUACAGAUUGUGAAAAACUUAUGCUCAACGCCGCUUUUCGAUGUAACCUACGACAACAUUCCACCUGUAGGUACUAAAAAGGUUUCUUUAACCAGGACUGGUCGUAACAUAGCAUUUCUGACUUCAUUGCCACCUGUUACAUUCUCUUCUAUUGCAAGCACUUUAUGUUUGCGAGAUUUGCAUUUAGUAGUUCUUGCAAUAGAUACUAUUCACAGUUUAACCUGUCUCGGUCCUACUUUAUGUGAUCGUCUGCUUCAACAAGGAUCACCACCCGAAGAGGAUCCUCCCACUUCUUUAGAACUUCAUAUACCCCACCAGAAUUCAAGCCUUCUUUCUCUACUUGUCGCUUUACUAAAUUUGGAAGCUCAGGCCAUGGGGUCGGACAGUCUCAUUCGCGUGCGUGUUAUGCAAGCAUUGGGUACAGAAUCUACCAAUACUAAGCCAUCUGUUUCAAAACCUUCAUUUUCUACCGCUUCUCCUUUUUCAAAAACAAUAUCUACCACCAUCAUGCAAACAAGUUCAAGUUCUUCAUGUAUUCCUCCACAAAAUCCCGCAGUCACCUCAUCCACAAAUUCGACAGUUCAGCUGCCAGUCUACUGUGCUCAACCAAACCUAACUAUAUCGCUGAAUCAUCCUUCGUGUUGUACAAGUUAUCAUUUGAGUGUUUGUGACACAUUGCAAACUCCUACUGGAAAGACUUCAAUUCCUACAGCACCAAGUUAUUUUCCUCACAAUCUUAUUGGCUGUAGUUCUCCUUCCACCACCUUUUUAGCCGCCAAUCCAUCGGUCAGUGGAGUCCAAAAUACAGAUUCUUCUCGUGUAAAUAAACGUGAUUUGCUAGUUAGAAAUUGUCUUCCAGUCAUUACUACUCCUAGAGUUAACCUUUCUAUGCGUGAAUUUGGUACUGUUACAUCUUCAACGCAACAAGGUUCAGGGUCUUCAUCUACUAGCAAACCAGGUUUAUCUGUGAUACAGUCGUCACACAUAACAUCAACUAUGAAUUCUGCUACUGUAAAUACUAGUAUCUCAUCUACAAAUGAUCUCAUGAGUAAAGUGUGUUUACCUCAAAAGUUAUCUAGUACACCGGCACUCAACACACCUACUAUUAACUCAGAAAUUCAAAAACAUGUAAAUCCACCAUCAAAACCCCUUGCUACUGAAAAUGGUAUACCUCAACUUGAUAGACGUGAAUUCAUGUUUGAAUGGCUUAAAAGUAAUUAUGCUGUACAUAAUCACUCUAGCAUUCCGCGUAUUCAAAUAUAUAAUGAAUAUCAAAAAGCACAUCUACAACGAUUCAAAAAUAUUGUUGCAAUUUCGCCUGUUGACUUCCAUUCACAAAUUAAAACUAUAUUUCCUGGAGUAGGUCAGGUGAAAGUACAAGUACCGGGAGGAAGUGUAGAAAUUCACUACAACAACUUAAAACAUGUUAAUGCUCCUGAACCUGAAAGUCAACAAGGCAUAAAUGAUAUUAUGGCAUCCGUUUUAAGUCCCACCAAAAUUGAAUCCAUGUGUCAUGAAUCACGUUCUCCAAAAACCAAAUGCCGUAAAAGACCGGCAACUGGGGCCUUUCUUCAUCCUGCCUCUCCUAAACUGGCUUCAAAAAAUGAGGAUCUGCAAAACCAGGUACUUAAAAGUUCACAAAUUGAUGUUUGUGAUUUGAAUGGCCAUCUUGAAUCCCCUAAAUUAACUAAUGGACAGUUGGUUUGUCCUUUAAAUGGUUUAUCUCGUGAUACUACAGACGUGCUCAACACGACCACAAGACUUCAUAAUGGAUCACCUGUCAGGAAGCUGAAUGCUUCAUUAAAUACAAAUGAAGAUGGUUGUGUUCAAAAGAAAUGUACAACGCCUGUACGAGCAACAGCAGUGGUAUCCUUACCCGACUCCAAGAUUAUGAUCGUUCCUGUCUUUACUACUUAUGGUAUGGGCCAUAAUUUGACACUCAACGGAACUCCAACUAGCGAAGUUCCCAUGAUGAUCAAAAUGCAAACCUCUGAAAACCAUGAAAUUAAUAAAGCUAACAACACUAUUCCAAUUUGUUCUAACAUUGACCAUACUACAACUAUUUCUAAAACUAAAGUCAACGUCAUCACGUCUUCCUUAACACCGAACAGCAUAUCAUCUACUUCAUCGGAUCGUAGCUGUAAACUAGCAAAGCAAUUAGAUGACUCAAUUAUUUCAGGAAAUUAUACAAACAGGGUUUCCACUGAUCGUGGUAAAUGUGUACAAUUAUUCUGUAUGUGGGAUAAAUGUAUGCAAACAUUUUCAGAGUCUGUUGAACUUUGCAGGCACUUUCAAAAUAUUCACUACAAAUCUAUUCAAAAUUCAGAUCAAAUAAAAUGUGUUUGGGGGAACUGUUCUGAAGUGAUAUCUGGUCCCAGUUUUGAUAUACUGAUGGAUCAUUUACGUGCUAAACACAACAUUCAAUUACCUGUUAGUGUGGAAUCUUCACCGAAUGGUUUAUCAACUAAUGAUAAUGUUAUAUCUUCUGCAGUUAAUAAAAAUCAACCGAUUUAUACCCCAGUGAAUUCCGAAACACUUUCAGAAAAAAAUCCAAGUCAUUCUUCAUGUCAAAUCGAAAAGCCGUUCGUGUAUGAUGAAUUACAAUUGUCGAAUAUUCUAUCAGAAGAGUGUCGUAGAGCUCUGACUGGAGGAAUUCCUAAUCCACCUUUCGCACCUACACCAGUUCAUGAAGGGCCUGUAACUAAGCACCUCCGACUUACUGCGGCUCUAGCUUUAAGAAAUUUAUUACAAUAUAGUGAUGUUGCACGACGGUACGUAGUUUUAACAAACUGCUUUUUAUCAUUCACUGUAGUAAAAGGGAUAUGUCGUAUUACUACAUAUUCAUGUAUCAAGUGUUCGUUAAUAAUAUAUAUUAGCAAUCACUGUAGCAUUCCUUUUAUGUGAAGCAAAGUUUAGUUGUAGUGUGUCAGAUAAAGUGGAUUUUUAUUCAUAAAAUUUAUAACAUCUAUGUUAGGUGGUCAGAAGUAGUUGACUAGAAACCGUAGACCUAGAUUUUUUACUAGUUGGCACACAUCAAGACGUAUCUACAAUCUUGAGGGAAUUAAUACUCCUUGUAGGAUCACAUCAUCCAGCUUAAGUACUCUUAAAUUGUUCACUUAUUCUCGAUUGUGUUUAUAAGUAUGGUAGCUUGUAACAUUAUUUAUGUAAACUAUUUUCAAGUUGGAUAAGCUACACAAAUAUCCUACCCCUUAACGUUGCGUGUUUUACAAAUAUUGGUUCCUUGAUUGAUUACUAUUAAUUCUUUAACCAGUAUGAUAUGUACUGGCUUAACCGGAUUUUUCACUUUUUACAUUUUCAUAAAGUAACAAAAAGAAAACUCAAAUAUUUCAAUAUUAACAUACACUCAUCUCUCAAAGAUGUGGGAAUGGUAAAUCAAUUGAUAAGACUGUAAAGCAUAUACCAGCUGCUCCCUAAUCAUAUACGCUAGGUUCGUUAGUAUUCAAUAGGUUGGAAGAAGUCUACUAGCGACUAAAUUACGUUUCAGCCCAUAAAUUUGUACGAUUAUCGUAAUAUUUGAUUUGGAGACUUUCUCCGCGAUGUUAUUCGUUCUCUCCGAUUUACAUUCUAUAGUUUACUUGCUUCAUGAUAUUUAACAAUUUUAUUUCGACCCUUACUUUUAAGUUCCUUAAUUUUUCUUUUUUUACUGUGUUGAUGUUUAGUAAUAGCGAAUUGGACUAAUUAAUAUUUGUCUUAAAUCCCACAUUAUCUAUGAUUGGUUAGGUAAAUGUAAAACUUAUACGAAACAUAUUUUUACUGCAUACUUUUUAGUAAUUGUUUAUCUGAUAUCAAUUUUUGAUGUAAAUUACUAUUAAAUAAAGUAAUCAUUUUUUCGUAGUUAAUAUUACUAACUAUUUGGUUCAUUUGUCUGAUUAGAUUGAUUUAAUGUUUAUAUUUUUCUGUAUCUUAAUUUUAGUUAUGUAAGUUCUUGUGAGAAUCUUUUAUGUGAUUUAGCCUUUGCUAAUCUUGAAUCUUCUCCGACAAUUUUUGAGUGCCUCACACUAUUAUCCAGUUCGUUUGAUGAAAAUACACCAUCAACAUCGACAACUCAGUAUUGUAUAGAUGAGAAGCAUAUUUUCUGAGUAUCACUAGAAACACAAAAUUAAUCCUGCAUUUAAUCAAUAACAGUAACAACUACCUAUACACAAAAAAUAGUACAAACUCAACCUUUUUUAGUAAAUCAUAAUUGUUUCAUUUAUACACUGCUCAAGUUUUAUUCUAUUUAAAAUUGACUACCGGUUUAACAAUUCAUGCAAUUAUAUUUUCAAAUUUUAUCAAUAAGUAACUAUUCCGUUAUACAAAAGUGUAUGCCUGAUUGUACACUGUGCAUAAUCUUUUAAUUUUGAGCUAAUGUUGUAUUUGGUGACAAGUGCCAAAGGUUCCUUAUGUGAAUAUUUCUUUCUCUCUUUUCUUCAUAAUUGUAUUUUCUAUGAACAGCUGAUACUCUCCCUUCCUCCCUCUCUCAAUAUGUCGCUUUAUAUCCACUUUCUUUGGCAGUUUUAGACUGUUUCUCAUUGAUUAACAAAUGAUGUGCUCAUGUAUAUCUAUAUAAAUAACUUACCGAAUACUUUCUUUUUUAUUCUGUUCUUAUCAGUUAUUACUAUUAGGCGAUAUAUUUAUUAUCUGCUGCACUGUGAUGGGCUUGUGUUUCUAUAAUGAUAAUACAAUCAUUAUUAUUACUAUUAUUAUCAAUAAUGUUAUUUUGUCACACCACCCAUAUUAUAUAUAUGUACAGGCUAGUUUUUACUUCGUUCUCUUUUUUGUUUGGAGUGCAUGAAUUUUGCAUUUUUUUUUUUUGAGGAAAUAAACAUAUUCUUACUG